AAGCUCACUGGCGUCGGGAGCCGCCGAGCACCUGUGAGCACACGGAAGCCCCGGCAGGCUCCAGCCGGUCCGGACCUCCCGGGACCUCGGACCUCGGACCUCGGUCGGCGCUCGGCACGCGCCCGCUCGCCCGCCCGCCCGCCAUGGGCGCUCCGCGCUGCCGCCUCUUUGCGCUCCUGCUUCUGCUGCUGCAGGUCUCGUCGAGGCUCUGCCAGGAGCCGGAGCCGUGCUACCCUGGCUUUGGGGCCGAGAGCUACACGUUCCUGGUUCCCCGCUGGCACCUGGGGAGAGGCCACGUCCUGGGCCGAGUGAGUUUUGAAGACUGCACUGGCCGGCCAAGGUCAGUCUACUUGUCUGACGACUCCCGAUUCAAAGUGACCACAGAUGGUGUGGUCUUCGUCAGAAGGCCUCUACAGCUGCAUAAAACGGAGAUCAGUUUUUUGGUCCACACCUGGGACUCCACCUACAAGAAGUUCACUGUCAAGGUGACAUUGAAGGCAGUGGGACGCCACCACCAUCACCACCACCAUGACCUUGCUCCUGAAAACAAGACACAAGUGCUCACAUUUCCCAGCGCCCACCAUGGUCUCAGAAGACAGAAGAGGGACUGGGUUAUCCCCCCAAUCAGCUGUCCAGAAAAUGAGAAAGGCCCAUUUCCUAAAGAUCUGGUGCAGAUCAAAUCCAACAAGGACAAAGAAACAAAGGUUUUCUACAGCAUCACUGGCCAAGGUGCUGACAAACCCCCUGUGGGUGUGUUUAUUAUUGAAAGAGAAACAGGAUGGCUGAAGGUGACAGAGCCGCUGGAUAGAGAACACAUCGCCAAGUAUGUUCUCUACUCUCACGCCGUGUCAUCCAAUGGGGUGUCAGUGGAGGAUCCAAUGGAAAUCGUGAUCACAGUGACAGAUCAGAAUGACAACAAGCCCGAGUUCACCCAGGCAGUCUUUGAGGGCUCAGUCAUGGAAGGAGCUCUUCCAGGCACCUCCGUGAUGCAGGUAUCCGCCACGGACGCAGAUGAUGACGUGAACACCUACAACGCCGCCAUCGGUUACUCCAUCCUCAGCCAAGAGCCAGAAGAGCCCGACAGGAAUAUGUUCACCAUCAAUAAGGAAACGGGGGUCAUCAGCGUGUUCACCACUGGGCUGGACCGAGAGAGCUACCCCACAUACACGCUGGUGGUUCAAGCUGCCGACCUUAAUGGCGAAGGCUUAAGCACAACUGCCAAAGCUGUGAUCAACAUCAUGGACCUCAACGACAAUGCUCCCAUCUUUAACCCUACCACGUACGAGGGGCAGGUGUUUGAGAACGAAGUUAAUGCUGUCAUCACCACACUGAAAGUGACGGAUGCCGACACCCCCCACACCCCAGCGUGGCAGGCCGUGUACACCAUAUUAAAUGAUCCGGACCAAAAAUUCGUUGUCGUUACAGACCCCGAAACCAAUGAUGGCAUUUUGAAGACAGCUAAGGGCUUAGAUUUUGAGACUAAGCAGCAGUACAUUCUACAAGUGAUUGUGCAGAACGUGGAUCCCUUUGCCGUGAAUCUCAUCACCUCCACAGCCACCAUCACUGUGGAUGUAGUCGAUGUGAACGAGGCCCCCAUCUUUGUACCCCCUGAAAAGAAAGUGGAGGUGCCUGAAGAUUUUGGUGUAGGCCUAGAAAUAACAUCCUAUACUGCGCGGGAGCCAGAUGUCUUUAUGAAACAGACAAUUACAUACCGGAUUUGGAGGGAUUCUGCCAACUGGCUGAGGAUUGAUCCAGAAACCGGUACCAUUUUCACUCAGGCCGAGAUGGAUAGAGAGGACUCGGAGCAUGUGAAGAAUAGCACGUAUAUGGCCCUCAUCAUCGCCACUGACAAUGGUUCUCCGGUUGCCACUGGAACAGGAACCCUUCUCCUGGUCCUCUCUGAUGUGAAUGACAACGCCCCCAUUCCUGAACCUCGAAAUUUACACUUCUGCCAGAGGAAUCCUCAGCCCCAAGUCAUCAACAUCAUCGAUCCAGACCUUCCUCCCAAUACUUCUCCCUUCACGGCUGAGCUGACCCACGGGGCCAGUGUGAACUGGACCAUCGAAUACAGUGAUCCAGCCCAAGAGUCUCUCAUUUUGAAACCAAAGAAACCCCUCGAGUUGGGUGACUACAAAAUCAAUCUGAAGCUCAUGGAUAACCAGAACAAAGACCAGGUGACCACACUGGACGUCAUCGUAUGUGACUGCGAAGGGGCUGUGAACAACUGCAUGAGAGCCAAUUACGUAGAAGCAGGAUUGCAAGUGUCCGCCAUUCUGGGUAUCCUUGGAGGAAUCCUUGCUGUUCUGAUCCUGACCCUGCUGCUCCUGCUGUUUGUGAGGAGGAAAAGGGCGGUCAAAGAGCCCUUGUUACCCCCUGAAGAUGACACCCGGGACAACGUUUAUUACUAUGAUGAAGAAGGAGGUGGUGAAGAGGACCAGGACUUUGACCUGAGCCAGCUGCACAGGGGACUGGAUGCUCGGCCAGAAGUGACUCGCAAUGACGUGGUGCCGACCCUCAUGAGCGUGCCCCAGUAUGCCCCCCGCCCUGCCAACCCUGAUGAAAUUGGCAAUUUUAUUGAUGAAAACCUGAAGGCGGCCGAUAGUGACCCCACGGCCCCCCCUUAUGACUCCCUGCUGGUGUUCGACUAUGAAGGCAGCGGCUCCGAAGCUGCCAGUCUCAGCUCCCUGAACUCCUCGGAGUCUGACCAGGACCAGGACUACGACUACCUGAACGAGUGGGGCAACCGCUUCAAGAAGCUGGCCGACAUGUACGGCGGUGGUGAGGACUAGUGGACCCGGGGAGACGCGUCCCCUUGCCACAAGCCCAGCCACGCAAACGCAGGAUGAUGGUGGUGGUGGAUGGACUUUCACAGCCGUCCCUUGAGGUUUUUCUGGAAGAGACUGAUCUGUGAACCAGUUCUAUUUUAGAGCUCUCUGUUUGUUAGCAAAUUCCCCACUUAUUCCUUGAGUCUUUAAAAAAAAUUUUUUUUACAUAGUGAUCAUGUCCUGAAGCUCCCUGAAUUUUAUUUCAAAAGAGCAACUCCAGCCUCUGAGGAUUCUGCUAGCAAUCUGUAGAUUUUCUUGAGACUUCCUUCAUGUUUCGAAGGAACGAACUUCUGUUUUGUUGUGUAUAUAAAUUUUUCUCCCUUUCCUCCUCCUUUCCCUAUCUCCUCCCACCCCCUUUUAGACAGGGUAUCUAUCUAUCUAUCUUUCUAGAACACAGGCUGGGCUGUUUCCAGCCCUGACUGGCUUUAAAUUCAUGAGCCUCCUGCCUCUGCCUCUCCAGUGCUGGGAUUAUAGGCAUGUACUACCAUGCCUGGUGAAAAAAAUAUGUAUGUUUUUGAAAACUGUAUGCACUAGCAUUCUAAUACCCAUUUAUGUUCCUGAAUUCUGUUACUCUGCCUCAGAUGGGAGUUCCUGGACACAGAAAUGACUGGGUCCUUUUAGGGUACAUGGCCCGUGUUUUGUGUGGUUGUCUCGGCUGGUGGUGUGUACUCAGACCCUGCAUAGAUUUUGUUUUCCAUGUCCUCAGUACUCACUUGAAAUGUCUUUUCUGAGGCAGUGUUCAUAAUAUGUCACUAUGGGCUUCCUUGCUUCCAUGUGAGGCGGGGGCGUAAAUGGUGUUUUCAGGUG